CGAAAUCGUUAUAGCGAGACUGCACUGCUUCCUCCGGGCCAGUGAGUGGUGCUAGAAUCCCUUUAGUUGUCAACCUUUGUGCGGUAGAUGUGCUUUAACGUUUGAAAGAGGAAACUUUCGCACGCUCGUGUCUCUGUGUUGUUAUUGUUUACGGUAUCGGGUGUAUUUACGUCAUCGUUUAACUACAGCGAUCCUCAUCAAGUAGUAAAAUGACUCAACUGGAUCGUUUGAACACUUUCAUGACCGAGCGCCUGAUGGAGGCUGUGAAGGAGAUCAUCCUCACUGUCGGCAGGACGGUGCGCGAGUACGAAGAGGAAACGGAGCGAGUCCGAAGCGAAAAUAAACGGCUUAAAGAAAUGUUACGGGACUCCGGAUGCUUCCCUGAACAAACAAAUGCAGCUCUGCAGUCCUGUCAGCCUGUCUCUCCUGAGCAGCCCACUUGGAUUCCCAGCCAGAAAGAGGAUCCAGAAUCCCUCAAAGAGAUCCAACAGAGACCGAGCGAACAAUACCCGCACAUUAAACUAGAACAGUCUGUGUAUUCUGAUGACACUUGGCAAGAACCUGCAGACUCACCAUCAAACAUCAACAACAACAAGGAUUCACUCUUGUGUGUGUCUGAGACAAAUCCUGCUGAUGAUGGAGUGAUAGACUUCCCAACCAAUAUCAAAGUCGAACUUAUCAACACUAACUGUUCAGCCGACGAUAUAGUGAACACUGAGGAUGAAUAUCAGAGUUGGUCACCAUGUAGUCCAGACAUACAUUUAGGCACAGUGGACCUCUCACAACAACACCAAGAUCAAGCUACAUACACUACCAAUGAAGCUUCUCCCACUUUUUUAAAGCGUAGAAGUUUAUUUAGUAAUACGCGUCACAUUUCAAAUCACAACAUAUUAUGCACCAAUAGCUCUAAUUGUAACAGUAAAUGCUGUGAAUUGCAAAAGAGGACGAUAGCCAAAUCGAGCCCCGUAUGGAGGUAUUUCUCUUUAAAAGAGGGAGACUGUAGCAAAGCAGUGUGUCUUAUGUGUAAGGCCGUCAUAUCCCGUGGUCGCAAAGAGUACACCACGUCAGCCCUUCUAAAGCACCUUCGCAUGAAACAUGGUAAAUGUUGACAUUAUAGAAUUUAUUUGCAAUUCAUUCAGAAGGAAAGUCAAGCUAAAAUUUGUGACAUUUCUGCUAAAGGUUGAACCUGCUAAAGGUUAAACCAUUCACAGAUGCUGGCUGUUGUGCAUCACAGGGUUUUUAAUAUAAACUUAUGUAGCAAUAUAUUGAUAUGUUUGACCUCAUAACAGGAUCAGCACUAUGUUUUUACAGUGGUUGCUUAACCUUUUAUUCUUAUGGUGUACUGACAAGCUAAUUGUUUUAGAAUAAAAGCUACAACCCAUCAAUCCAAAAGGUGUGUUGAGACAAGAUAGCCAGAUAUCCUGUAGAUGUGCCUUUAUGAUUAUACACUUAAUCUCAAAAAAAUCAUACAGCUUGCCAGACUGUAAUGAUUUUUCCAUCUUGAGCCGACUAGUAAAACUGGCCAUAUGGUUUCAUUAUAGGUAUUUUUUUAAAUAUAAAUAAUAAUCAACCAUGUGCAAAUAACCAGACCAUGAUUAUUGUGAAAGAAAACUGAUUUUAAGUGUUUUUUGUUAAUAUAAUUAUUUAUUUAAAAUUACAUUAAUAAAAUUAUUGAUUUUGUUGUUUACUUAAUUAUGUUUUAACUGCACAUUUUAUUCUUUAGUUAAACAAGAUGACCAAAGAUACUGUAUUAAUGGUCAGUGCAUUUGAGUUAUUGUAUUUAUUGUAAAGAAGACAUUUGAGUCCAUGCCUGUAAGUAAGUUGUUUUAGACUGUCAGUCUCUGUACAUUACUGUGACUAUAAAUGUGAGCUCCCUGGGGAAAUUAUAUAAACAUAAGAACUUGUUUAAAUAAAAAUAUCUUUGUCAUGGUACAAAGAUUACAAAAGUCAA